CCGGUACUCUGUCCUCGAAACUAGUUCUGCUAAAGGAAGGCGGAGGAGUCUAUCAAACAAGCGCACUUCGCGGGGAAUCCCGAGCCGGAGUGCUUUUUUUAAAGGAAGUAGGACGGCCACGGCCAUCCGAGGCCAACUUGCGAAUCUGCCAAUGGCGACUCGUCGGACUAUUUUCCUUCUCCCCAGUAUAAGUAGAGGAGUGGAUGCGUCUGCGAAGCACACCGUUGCGGCUCGUCAACUAGCCCACAUCCGCCAUGGCCUUCUGGAAGCUGCUCGUGGCCACCGUCGCUCUGGUGGCGGUGGCAGAGGCUCGCCUCUUCGAGCUCCACAACCGCCUGCCGUACACCAUCUGGGUGGGCACGCAGGGCAAUUCCGGCAUGCCGGCGCCCAUGGGCGGAGGGUUCGAAUUGCGCGCGGGCCAGAAGGUGGAUAUCCACACGGACGAGAAAUGGGGCGGGCGCUUUUGGGCCCGCACGGGUUGCCGCUUCGACAGGAACGGUCAGGGCUUGUGCGAAACGGGCGACUGCGGCCGCAAGUUGAAGUGCGGUGGCAACGGCGGCGCACCCCCGGCCACGCUCGCAGAAUUCACUCUGACUGGCUGGGGCGGCCAGGACUUCUAUGAUGUCAGCAACGUGGACGGCUUCAACCUUCCUACAACGAUCGAAACCAUUAACAAGAAGGGCGGCGGCGACAAAUACUUCUGCACCACGGCCGCGUGCAGGGCCGACAUCAACGGCCAGUGCCCUGGCGAGUUGCGUCAGGUGGUGAACGGGCGUACUGUGGGCUGCAAGAGCGCCUGCCUGCAGUUCAACACGGACCAGUACUGCUGCCGCGGUGCCCACAACAGGCCAGAGACGUGCCGCUCGUCGGACUGGCCCAAGAACUACCCAGCCUUCUUCAAGAAGAUGUGCCCCGACGCUUAUAGCUACGCUUACGACGAUCACAAGAGCACGUUCAAGUGCGUCGGCACCGGCUACCGUGUCAUCUUUGGCUGAACUGUCCAUCCCUCCCGUUAUUCCUUGGUCCACUCAUGACUUCGUUCUCACCGGGUUUACAUCGUUGUUGAUCAUUUGAUCAAUUUCGUAAAAUGUAAUUCAACAUAAAUAAAUUAAAUUACUAAAUAGAAAUUACCAAUUCAUUGAAACACUGUACUUAUUGUCUUGUAUCCUUUCCUCCAAAAAUUAAAAGAAAUAUACAUCUGAAAUGAAGGUAUGAAAGGUAGAAAUUACUUUGAAGUAAUAUUCGAUGAGGGCGUAAUGUUUCAAUUGAGCAGUGGUGGAUUAUGCAGAAUAUACGUGCACUUAGGAUUCCAAUACUUUUUCAAUAAAAAAUGUACACUAGUAAAAACGCAAAAAAUAAUUGUGAACUAUUUUAUUAUUAAUCAAAAAAAUAAUAAAUUUAAUUCAGAUAAAAAUAGCGGUACUACAACAGCACAUCCUCUUUUGCAUUAUUUGUAAAAUUUGUAAUUUUUGAAACUUCAGACACUUCAACCAAAAGGAGACCUGUGUUACAUUUAAAACAACAUUUGCUCUAUACGCUGAAAAAAAAUUAAAGAAAAUAAUUGGAGCCGUUUUUU